CACAGGAGAGAAGUUGACGGAAGUGCUGAGUUGCUUUGGAUUUUGACGUAUGCCACAGUGGAAAGAGUGUGAUGGAGAGAGUUACGAUGCAGCUUCCGCAAGGCUCUCCCUCUAUGUGCUUCGACAAAGAUGAAUUCAUGAAGGAUGGAUUUGAUGUUGACGUCUUUGUGUCUGAGUGCAGAAAACGUGUACAGCUGGAAACUCUGCGUGAUGAUCUAGAACUGUACUAUAGACUUCUGAAGACUGCUAUGGUAGAACUCAUCAAUAAGGACUAUGCUGACUUUGUUAACCUGUCCACCAACUUGGUUGGAAUGGAUAAAGCACUGAGUCAACUAUCAGUACCCUUGGGACAACUACGAGAAGAAGUAUUGAGUCUCAAGACAUCUGUAAAUGAAGUUAUCCAGGCUGUAGAUAGUCGUUUGGCUAAACAAGAAGAUGUAAGAAGAAAAAAGAUGUGUGUUUUGACAAUGAUGGAAGUUAUCCAUUCUGUAGAGAAAAUUGAAAAAAUCCUACACUCUCAAAAUUCUAAGGAAACCGCUUUAGAAGUAAAGAGCCCACAUCUCACAGGUCAGAUUCUGGAAAGAAUUGCAACAGAAUUUAACCAGUUACAGUUCCACGCAGUCCAAAGCAAGGGCAUGCCUCUGUUGGACAACGUGAGGCCUCGUAUUGCCGGUAUAACAGGAAUGUUACAGCAGUCCUUGGAAGGUCUGCUAUUAGAAGGUCUUCAAACUUCUAAUGUUGACACUGUGCGUCACUGUUUGCGGACCUAUGCAACAAUUGACAAAACAAGAGAUGCAGAAGCGCUAGUUGGCCAGGUGCUAGUGAAACCAUAUGUUGAUGAGGUAAUAAAUGAACAGUAUGUACAAUCUCACCCCGGUGGUCUGCAUGCUAUGUACAGUAAGCUUCUGGAAUUUGUUCCUCAUCAUUGUCGACUACUUCGAGAAGUCACAGGUGGCGCUGUAUCAAGUGAAAACACAGAUACGGUACCUGGCUAUGACUUUUUGGUAAACUCCAUCUGGCCAGAAAUUGCCCGUGGCUUAGAGGAAAAAUUGCCAUCUCUCUUCAAUCCAGGAAAUCCAGAUGUAUUUUUUCAGAAAUAUACUACCAGCAUGGACUUUGUAAGAAAAUUUGAGCGGCAGUGUGGGUCACAAGCAAGUGUAAAAAGAUUACGAUCACAUCCGUCCUACCACAGUUUUAAUAACAAAUGGAAUUUGCCUGUGUAUUUUCAGUUAAGGUUUAAGGAAAUAGCAGGAAAUUUAGAAGCAGCAUUACUUCAUGGACAUGAAGAAGCACCAGCAGAAAGUAAAUAUUGUCUUAGAGCCACCCAUAUUCUGUGGUCCUGCCUUUUAUCUUGCUGGUCCAAUGAAGUCUUCCUACCUAAACUUGCUCAUCGUUUCUGGAAACUAACCCUGCAAAUAAUUUCUCGUUACUGCUCUUUCAUUAAAGAGGUGGCACUUCAUACCUGUUCAGAUGCUAGUAACAAUGAGAUGAAAAAUCAUCCAUCCAACUAUAGAGAUUCAGUUACCAUGUCUGUUGCAGGAAACGAUGACCAAGAUAGUGGAUCAACAUCAGAUACUCGAGUAACUGUGAAAAUAUCUACACGGCAACUCAUGCUUUUUGUAGCAGAUGCAGAUAAAUUCAAGUUACAGCUGCCUGAACUAAGAGAAAUCAUCAUUGUGAAGCUUCAGCAAAUUGGUUUUAAGAACAUAUCUAUGAUAACAGGAGCCUUGGAAGACACACAUCAGCUUUUGUCACCAUCUCUUUUGGCCAUAAAAAACAAAAUUGUGUUUGACCUCAGUGAGUCAUGCUUUUCUAAUUUAAAAAGUGCUCUGGAGGUGCCUAGACUUUACAGAAGAACAAAUAAGGAGAUGCCAACAAAAGCUUCCUCUUAUGUUGACAAUGCUGUAAAACCCUUAUUUCAACUUCAAAAUGAGUAUCAGAAUAUCCUGACUCAAUCAAUAAGGGAGGAAUGGUUGACAGAUGUGCUGUCUGAAUGUACUCCAAAGUACUAUGAUACCAUAUCAGAUGUGCUUAGCUCAGUAAAGAAAAUGGAGGAAAGUCUAAAGCGAUUAAAGCAAGCUCGUAAAACUGUAACAUCAACUAACACAACCAAUGCGGGAAAUAGUGAUGACAACAAAAUCAGGCUUCAGCUGGCUCUUGACGUUGAAUAUUUUGGUGACCAGGUUGAGAAACUGGGCUUACAGAAACAUGACAUAAAAAGCUUACAAACACUUACAGAGUUGGUUUAUACUGCCAAGGAACAGGCAAAUACAGAAUAAAUCUGUUUGGGAUAUUGUCUAUUUUCUAAAUAGUAUGCCAGUAAAACAAUAAUUUCUAGAAAACAUGAUUUAAGGUGGAAAAAUUGUAUGUAUGCACAGGGUUUUGGCAAAUGUUAAACACUACUACAUUGUCAUUAAAGUUUCAUGAACCAAAUUUCUAGCUAUGAAAUUAAAACUUAUUUAAUCAUAUAAAGC